CAGGGUCGUGGUAGAGCUAUAGUCUUAUCGUAACAUCCUGAUGAAAUAUCAAAUACAAAGAUAAAAACAAGCAUGAACUAGCACAAUGCCUUGGAGCGAGCUAAAACUGAAAUGGCUUAAAAGAUAUGGCUACUAGUUUAAGAAAAUGGACAAUUCCUUCUGUGUAUAUAUGGAUUUAUAUGGUUAUAUUUUUAGAUUGUAUGGUAUGCAAUGGUGAUUUGUUUUCCUAUACGAAUUCCACUCAAUCAGUGUUAUGUGAAGCCCAGUGCGAGGCCCUCUGUCAGGAUAAAGUGUCAAACUGUAUCCCAAAAUGUGCAGGACAAAGACAUUGGAUGGCCGACUGUGAUAGACCAAACUGUACCUCAACAUGUAGUGUUUUAUAUGCCUAUCACUAUCAAAACAGAGGUGAACUGGUACAUGUUCCCCAUGUCUCACUGAACCGGACAGGGCCUCUAACUAUAGAGCUAGCUUGGAAUGUACCCACACAUAUAUCGCCUAACCCAGCAUCUAAUGUAUCAACCAUCAUCUACAUUGUGGAAGAAACACACCCAGAUCCUAGGUUACAAGGUGUACAUUCAGUGUCAAUUAAACAAUGGACAAGAGGAACAACUGUGAAGUUGGAUUUAAAAGAUAUGUGCAACACUGAUAGUUACAGGGUUAUGGCCAUAAAUCAGAUUGGUUCUAUGGGCUUUAGUACUCCUGUCCAAAUACCAGCAAUGCCUGCACCUGGACUAGUUAGCAAUAUUAGCUUUGUUGGUAAUGGUGUGUAUUACUAUGUUAAUAAAGAUAACAAGGACCAGUCUAUGUUUAUGGCAAUUCUGCAAUGGGAUCCUCCAGUAGGUUGGCAAGAUUCAGAAAUAUUGCGUUAUCGUUGGAACCCGAUGGUCAAACGUUACUGCGAUGAUAUGAGUCAAGACAGUCUACCACUGUUCACAAUUAUGAAAAACCGGUCAAGACAUAUUUUGAUUAAAAUGGCAAGCAACUCCAUAAAUUGUGUUUUUACUACACAGGUGCAAGCUGUAUCAAAAUGUAACAAAAAUGGGCCAUGGACAGACUUUGUAGUUGAUCUUAGAAACUGCAGUGCUAUCACAGGAUAUAAAUGUCAUCAGGAUGGGCAGGAUGGUUCUGACCCCCCUGGACCUGUACAAAAUGUCACGUUAAAUGUCACGUCUUCACCUGUUCUUGUGCUGAUGCAGAUGAACCCUAACCCAUUCAUUAUCAACCAGUAUACAAACAGUCCAUUAUUGAUAAAUCUACAUGUAAAAUGGAAGCCACCGUUUGAUAUGGGAACUUCAGGAAUUAUUGAUCACUACACAAUCAGGUCGGGUGUUGCAAAGACUAAUCAAUACCUGGUACCACCAUCUUUCAUUGGUACUCCACAUGAAAUAAAGGUUUCCAAGGAUAUCCAUGAUUUGUCAUUUCCAAUUCCAACACAAAAUAUUCCCUACACAUUUGGAAUACAGGUGCGAGCUGUAGGUCCAUACCAGGAAGUACCAGAAAAUGACUGGGGAGUACUUCGUAUGCGUACAAUUGAUGUCCGCAGGAGUGAUUCGGCGAUAGGCCCCUUCAUGAAGGAAGGUAAAGUGUUGCUGGACGAGGCAGGCAUAGUGAUUUUGCAUGUUAACAAUUCACUACCUGUACAGUUCUUGCCAAGUCCUCCAAUGGGAAACGACACAAAUAUAGAUAGGUAUGCUGUACAAUGGGGACCUAUGGAUGGACCAGAUUCCAUGACAGUGGAAAAUACUACCAUUAUACCUCUGAAUCAGACAAGUUUGACAGUCAAUCUUCUAAAUGAUGAUGUGAAAAAGUAUGGGGUAAAGGUGAUAUAUCUAAGGGAAGAAGAUGAUGAACCUGGGCUGGAAGAUUGGGAAAACACAACACUGUGGACCUUCACAAAUCCUUUCGCAGAUAACAUGGUGGAGAAUAUAGUCCUAGGAGAUCAGCUGACACCACUAUAUGUGAUGAUAGGUGUGGUUGUGUCCAUGAUACUGACAUCUGUUGCUGUCAAAUAUCUCCUUCGUCGUCAUCACUUCAAACACCUCGAGGAAAGAUUGAUGUCGUCAGAUGAUGAUAUAGGGGAAGAUGGUGACCAUUACUUUGUGAUGAGACUUCCAGAUCAUGAUGCUGGUGAUGAUACAGAUAUUCCUACUGUAGUUGCUGACCACUGGGAGCUCCCCCACUGCUGUCUAAAAAUGGGGCGGAUCCUAGGAAGUGGGGCUUUUGGACAGGUAGUAAAAGGGCGUGUCAGUAAAUCAUUGCUGAUGCAUCGUGGGAUAGACUCACACACAACACAUAAUGGUAUAGGUACACAUGUGAUAGUGGCUGUAAAGAUGUUACAAGAUAGAGCAGAUGAGACACACAUACAAAAUUUCCUAAAGGAGAUUGACAUGAUGAAAGACAUUGGUUACCAUAGAAACAUAGUGAGCAUUCUGGGAUGUUGCACGUUACGGCAGCCAUAUUGUUUGGUAGUAGAGCACAUGCCACAUGGUGACUUGUUGGCUUAUUUCAGAAACAUCAGAAAUAAAAUGGAACAGAAAGAAACAGAAGGUGAUGGGUAUAUCAACCAAGACAUUGACAUGUUUUCCCCCAGAGAUCUACUCUCUGUAGCCAGGCAGAUAACUGCAGGCAUGGAUUUCCUAUCACAGAAAGGUUUUGUACACAGAGAUCUUGCAGCUCGAAACAUACUGGUUGGCAACGACAAAACGGUCAAGAUUGGUGACUUCGGUUUAGCACGAUACAUCUACAAUGAUGUUAACAAAAUAUAUGUGACAAGACGUGGCGGCAAGCUUCCGUUGAGAUGGAUGUCUCCUGAAGCGAUCUUUGAUAUGACCUUUUCUACAGCCAGUGAUAUACAUGCUAGGCUGCUCAUCAUUGAUGAGAUAUCUAUGGUAGGAAACAAAAUGUUCAGUUUCAUUCAUCAGAGACUACAACAAAUUAUGGGCUCCAACAAACUGUUUGGUGGCCUUUCCAUAUUAGCAGUUGGAGACAUGUUCCAGCUUAAACCAGUAUUUGAUGGAUGGAUCUUUGAAAAUUUGUCAAAUGAUUACGGACCACUAGCAACGAACUUGUGGAAUGAACACUUUAAAAUGUUUGAAUUACAAGAAAUCAUGAGGCAGAAAGAUUGUAAGCAAUUUGCAGAAGUAUUAAAUAGACUUCGUGAGUCAAAUCACACUAAAGCAGAUGUUACAUUUCUUCUUCAGAGAAAGAUUUCAACAGACUUGAUGCACCCACAGUAUCCACUCACUGUGCCCCAUAUUUACAUACGAAAUGCAGAUGUUGAUUCACACAACCAAAUUGUUUGUCAGGUACAAGGGUCAAAGUGUUUAAAAAUAGAAGCCUUGGAUGUGGUAUUAGGUGAUGUUUCUUCAGAAAUAAAAUCUAGGAUUUUGAAUUCUACUCCAAGUGACAUUUCAAAAACAAUGGGACUUGCUAAACAAUUGAACACUGCAAUUGGAUUAAGAAACGAAUUAUCAUGUAACAUUCAAGUUGAAGAUGGAAUGAGCAAUGGUGCAGCUUUUAAACUGGAAGGUGUUGGCCCAUGUGACAAAAAAGGGAAUUUUCAAUAUCUUUGGGCUCAUUUUGAAAGUGAUGAUAUUGGCAAACAGUGUAGACAACAAAACCGAAAUUUAUACAAAAGCAAUAUCAAUAAGGUUUGGACCCCAAUAUUCACAGUAAAACGACAGUUAUACGACUUUCUAAGUCAGCAUGUGUUAUGA